CGAGACGGAGAAGUUAAAAGAUAAGAGCCAAGUGAAGAAGAGAUCAGAAAUGGCGAUUCAACUGAACCAGCUCUACAUACCCACUUUGAAGUAUGGAAAACAACCACCUAAGCUUCAUAUCUCCACCGCACGCGGUUCAAAUACAUUCAUAGUCAAUGCAGCGUCCACCAGUGCUCGGCAGCUAAUCCAAUCGGGCGUCGUCAGGCCCAUACUGCCAAAGGACGCAGCCAAGGCAGUGAACUCCGAAGGAUUCUCAGUCUUGGACAUCAGACCAGUGUGGGAGAGAGAGAAGGCAAGCGUGACUGGGUCACUGCACGUCCCACUUUUCAUUGAGGACCCUGAUACCAGUCCGAUAACACUAUUGAAGAAGUGGGUUCAUUUCGGCUACAUUGGGCUAUGGACAGGCCAAAAGUUUACAAUGUUGAAUCCCAAUUUUCUAGCAGAUGUUGAGGCAGCUUCUCCUGGUAGGGAGAACAAGUUGAUUGUAGCUUGUGGAGAAGGGCUGAGGUCAAUGAUGGCCGUUUCCAAGUUACAUGAAGAAGGAUACAAGAAUUUGGGAUGGUUGGCAGGAGGAUUCAGUCGCGCUGCAGAAGACGACUUCCCGGUUGAAGGGACAGAGAAAUUGCAGUAUGCAACGGUAGGGGGUGCGUCAUACUACUUUCUUCAAUUGCUCAUACUAUUACAAGCUGUGGGCAGUAAGAGCCCCUGAUUAACUACUAAGUUUAUGUCUCUUUUUGAUAUGCCCCUUGAGCCAGAGCAUUCGCAAAAAGUGCUAAACUUUUUCACUUGCAAUUCAAUCCGACCAUGCCCCAUAAA